AUGACAGAAUAGAUAAAUAUAGGUCAUUUAAUAUAUAUGUGCAUCAUCACAGUUUGUUAUUUAGGUUCUAUUGGAUUAUGUAGAACAGUCAUAUUUUCGACAAUCUUGAAAAUAGAUGAUGUUGUAAUCAAUUCGGUUUCGAUAGGGAUAUUCACAUUAAUGUUUUUGAUUGGACCUUUUUCAUUACCUUUGUACUAAAGGAUUAUCCUUAAAUUUACAUAUAAGUACUAUUAUUUUAUUUAAAUAGAGCAGUAUUUUUCAGCACUAGCUUUAUCAAUGUUAUGAGCACUGCUCUCUAUAUAGUAGUUAUUGAAUAGAGACCUAAAUAAAUUUAUUUGAUCAUCACUAUUUUGAUAUUUGAAGCUAUUGCUACUCCAUUUUUAGCAAUCUUCUAUUGUGCAUACAAUUAUUAUGUUAGGAGUAUCUCUAAUUCUAAAAAUGUUGGUAUUUACUUUGGAAUUGCUUAUUCUUUAUUUAGUAUGUAGAAUUUUAUUGGAGAUAUCUAUAUUACUUUUGGUAAUUCUAUGUAUUAAUAUAAUGAAUAUUUCUAUUAUCCAAUGUUACUUAUAUCAUUGAUAAUAUCAAUCUUAUAUCUAUUCAUCAAAGAACCUAAUAUCCAAUCCAAUUCAACAUCUACUUAAAGUAUUAAUUUACAGCAAAAGUUGAAUUAACACAUCUAUGGAUCUUAUGAAGAAUAAUAAAUUAAAUAAGAUGAUCAUCCAACGUAUUCAAAUUAAUUCAUUAAAAUUUGGACAAUAACUAAAAAUGAUCCACUUUUUAUUUACAUAAUUCCAACAAUUAUUUCCUUAGGAAUAUUCUCAGCUUUUAACAUUGUAUUUUCAUAAGACAUGAUUGUACCUCAUUAUCCUAUGCAAUUAAAUCAAGAACUUAUUACUGGUUUAACACUUCAUGGAAUAGGAUAAUUUUUAGGUGGCAUUACUUUUGGACUUAUCUCAGACAUUUAUGGAUAUCUUAAUUUACUCAUCAUUCUACAGAUAUUUGCUAUCCUUACUUACAUUAUUUCAGUAAAUUUAUAAUAUUUUAUAAGGAUUAUUGGAUAAACAACCCUCAACUCUAUCACUCUCAUAUUUAUCUUUGAUUUUAUGUCUGGCUUACUUAUCUCCUCUUCAUAAGUUAUCACUUUUGCUUUCUCAGCAUCAUAAUACCAUCUAAAUAAAAAUGUACUCCAAUUUUGUAAUUGGGUUUAUUGCAUUACUUUUUAUAUAUUUACUAUUCUUAUGAGUUUAACCACCAUAACCAAUUUUAUUAUAGGACUCAUCACAUUCAGUUCUUUCAUUAUUUUAUAUUCAAUCCUUAAUUUUAUUUGCUUAUGGUUCCAUAAAAGAUCAAUUCUUAUCCAUCAAUAAUGA